UCCUCUAGUUCCCUGCAGCCUCUGGUAUAAAGUAAUCAAAUAGUAAAAUCCAAAGAUUACGAUUACUCAUCUCUUGUUGUGUAAUUCCAACCAUGAGACUCAUCUUUCAAGCAUGUUCAAUGCUCUUCACACUGGGCAACCUGGUGGCUUCUCAGUCACAAUCUCCUGGUGGGAAAAAUGCCAUCAGCACCACAAUAAUCAACUUCAAUAAUGAGAAGAUGCAGAUCACAUGGGCAGCAAGAGAACUAUUUCCUGGAGAGAAUGUGUCAUUUUCUUAUACAUUUGAUGAAAGCAAGUACAAAGUUUGGAAGCCAUGUCCCACAUACUUGUUGGAUCAAGGUUAUAAUUCUGGAUGUCUUUUUAAGACAGAAGGACCCACCCUUGCCAUCUCUAUCAGGAAUAACAAUGGAAGUGAAGAGCUUUUUUCUAAAAGACUAAAAUCUGAUUUUUAUAUAAAGCCCAAUCGACCAGAAAAUGUGACCUUCUUCUGGAAUGAUGACACCGUUACUGUAAGCUGUAAUACACCAGAGAGAGCUGUGAAGUGCUUGAGACUUGAGCUUCAAUACAAAAGCAAGUUUGACAAACAGUGGCAAUCCAGAACUUCUAAGUGUUGCAGUGUUGAAGAGCAAGGCUUUGAUUCAAGAAAAUGCUAUUCUUUCUGGGUCAGACUGAAGAGGCUAGUACCCUACUGCAACGUAGUUAAUUACAGCAGUGACUGGGAAGCAGAAACAUUUUGGAUGAAUGGCACCUUAUUAGGUUCAUGUAAUGAUGAUAUAAAACCUCAGUCAAACACAGUAAUUGUGUUAAGUUUCUUGCUGGCAGCACUUCUAAUGAUGUUUAUCCUCUUGAUUCUUCUGUGUCAAUGGCAGAGGCUUCAGAAGUCAGUCAUGCCUUCUGUACCAGACCCAAAACACAUAUUUGAUGAUCUCUUCAGUGACUAUAAUGGAAACUUCCAGGAAUGGAUAGACAAAACUGAUCAUGCAGUGGUGCAAACCAAGCUAGAAUAUGAAGAGCCAGAGCGCAUCACUGAGGCAGAAAGCCUGCAAGAAGAUGAAAGUAAGGAACACAGGCCUCUAGAAAAAACCUUCACUUUUUCGGGAGCAGCUGAAAAUAAUGACCCCAAAGAAGCUCAGCGCUGUCUGAUGCCGAUGUCCAACACUAUUGCUUCUUUUGCUGGCUUCCAAAUUUUAAUGAAUGAUGACAUGUAUGUGAUGUUAUAAAAUCCACAUAAUACAGAAAUUAUUAGGAAAGUACAUGAAAGGUCCUGAUGAGCUUAGGGGUGUGGCUAAAUACAAAAGGUUGUCAUGAGUAAAUUUGCAUCAAGAAAGGCUGUGUUAUCUGGUUUCAGAUCUGCACUUUCCCAGCGCUUAAGAUCAUUUGGGUAGGCUCAGUGUUUGAAACAAGGUCCUAAUAAUUUACAGAGUUAAGAUUUAUUGUUCUGAUUCGGGUUUCUUAGACUAAACAGAGCCACAUUUUCCUGUGAUGGACAGGAGAGAACAAGAGCUCCUCUGUAAUAUGGUUCACAGAGCCAAGACUCAGUCCUUGUGCUUAUGAAGUACGCAGAGCAAUGCAAACUGAACUGUUAUUCUUUCCCAACGAAAGAGAAAUAAAGGGAUUUUUCUGCUAAUGGUCCUUGUCUCAUGAAGACCGGACCAUAAUCUGCUCAUCUGCACAGUGAUAGGAUACUGUGAUAGGAAUACAGUUAUAGGAUACUCCUUAGACUAGAAGUGCUUGCUUUUGUAAGCUGCUUCUCCCACUGUGAUCCCUGUGCUGCACUGCAGGCAUCAGAGGUUUUAUAAAGAGAAGAAUAAGCCCCAUGUCUAAGAACAGAAGGCUGAGGAUGUACAGUACCGAAUCACAUUUUAUCCUGCAAGUAGGCAGCUUCUUCCACAACAGCAAGGCUUCAUAAGCCUCCUCUGAGGUCAGGACCUCAGCAUCUUACAGUCUUUGCAUGACUAAGCAACUUCUUCUAGAAAGCUAAAGUUAAUUUUGAUCAAUAUUUAUGUUUAACUGAGUUGCAUUUAUCAAAAAUUGGGGUUUAGUGCAAUCAGAAGAUGUAGACCCAAAUUAGCACUUAUCAUUUGUAUUCCACAUACUGGCCUUUUGUUCUCAAAAUACGUUUUUAAGUUUUCUAAGAAUACUAUCUUUUAAAAUAUGCUUAAUUUUAAAUUUAAAAUGAAAUAUACUAAUUGAUUACAUUUUAGAAAAAAAUCUUGACUAGUCUGAGUUUCCCUCUAUCAUUUAGUUUACAUGAUAGUUGAACACAAAUUUUGUAAAAUAGUUUAAGUGCUAAAAACAACUAUGAUAUGGGUAAGGUCUUGUAGAUAUGCUGUGAUUAUAUGUUAAAUUAGCUCCAACUAGUUACCUGUCAUUUACCUAUUUGUUAGUCAUUAAAUUACCUUAUCAGUUGACUAAGCUUUUCCAAUUGCAUACUUUCAUAGAUUAAUUUACAGUGUACCUUGGAAAUUUCAUGUUAUCAAAAAAUUACAGCAAUGAGUAUACUUUUAAUUCAGCGCUUAAAACACUUUAACUCCAGAACUCUUUGAGAAUAGUAAACAGUAACAUGGAUCAUUAGGUCUCAAGAUAUGUUUCUAAGUGACCCAGUGUUUAAAAUCCAGACAUUUUCUGGCCAAUACCUUCGAAACUUAGCUGGAAGGAUAGUUCAAGCAAAUUCCCUAAGUUUCUCUAGACAUUCCCCCAGAUUUGAUUGUUCACUAACAAAAGUAACAUCCUAACAAAGGAUUUCCAAUAAUCCUGAAAAUGUCUCUGCCUUUUCCUACGUAGAACUGAUGUGUUCCAAAUUUUUUGGGCCUUUUUUACACCUCACAUGUCUGGAAAUAUUUUAUAAAGAUAACCAUAAAAAGUUUCAACAGCAUUGUAAGAAUGCAAUGGAUUUUGAACUAAUUCAAGCUGCAUAAAAUUUGAUGAGCAGAAGUUAGCUCAGCUGUUCUCAUCUGGUAUAAAUUAGCAUUAUUGCAUAAGAACCAAGUAAGUUACAGUGAUUUACAACAGACAAGAACUUGUUCGAGUAAUGGUUCAAACAACAGUGGGAAGUAAAGCUGAGAAUGCAUUGCUUAGUUACCUCAUGUUUGAACCAUGCACACAUAUGGUUGUCUACAGAGCUAGCUAGAUACCUUAAUUAAACCACUUUCUGUUGAGCAAAUACUCUUCUCUCUGAACACAAAAUGUUUUAGCAUAUUUUCCCAAAAUUUUACUGUGGAAAAAAAAAAAAGAAGAAAGUCAUGCUGAAGUGUGCUCUUUAAGCAAUGUUCUUGAACUGAAAUGUUAGUAAUUUGUUUUUA